UAAUUUCUAAAGUCAAAGUAUUAAAUGGAAAUAGCAUUUAAUAAUAAAAGUUACGGUCGUGGAAAUUAAAUAGAUCGUCGUUUUAUUGAUACUAAAAUUUUCUGUUGUUCGACUGAGCGAUAAAAUUGAAUUAAUAUGCUUCAGUGGUAUCAAAUAUACAUACUUUCAGUUUUUUUAUUUGAUAUAAAAUAUGUUAAUCUUCAAAAUAUCACACCAGUGCUUCCUCCAACCACAGAGAUUAUUGAUUUUACGAAUAUAAAUCCGGCUGUUGCCUGCAAAUUUCAACCCAACGGUUAUGACUGUGAUGGAAGUGACCUAUACGUACCAAAAUUCUACUUUGAUCUGAAGAUGGAGGAUUGUAAGACAGCCUUUGUUGGCAGUUGCCCACACAAUUUGAAUGUGUUCAAAACGUUAUCAGACUGUCACCAGACAUGUCGAGAUGUUGGAUUGCAUCGAAUACCAAAAACGAUGUCACCAAGAAUUUUUUGUAGAUUGCAGUACGAUUUUGGACAUUGUAAUGGAUAUUAUCAGAAUGAGAGAAAAGACAUGUUUUCGCUCCGACUAAGGAUUUGAAGAAUCUCCAGGUCUAGAAUAAUAGGCAGUUACAAAUAGAUGGCCAUAUAUACACAGUCAAAUAACUGCAAAAAUAUAGAAUCGAAGUCAGUGCUUCUAAAAUUUUGAAUUACUUAAGUUUUUUUACUUAAACUUUCAAAAAUGGAACCCUUCAUAAAUUAUAUACAUAUAAUGACUU